AUGUUGAAACAUAUUUAUUUAAGAAUAAUGAAUGCACAGAAAUCGUUGAAGAAGAAAAACAUAAGUAGGCAUCCUAAUAACUACCACUAUAUAGAUAACAAUAAUAUGACGAAGGAAAAAUGGAUCCAAUUAAAAAAUUAUUACUCACCCCAUGAGAGUAACAGAACUACUGCAUUGGAUAGAAACGGGACAAUUGACAAAGUAAGUACCUGUGUUGUUGAUAGAUGCAUAUGUGAAAAGGACCAAGCAGAAGACUGUAUGAGGAAAGUAAAUAUUCAUAUGCGUAAAUGUGAACAGUAUAUAGAGGGGGGAAACAUAAAAGAAACAACGUUAUUGUUAAGACAAGUAAACGGGAGGAAUGGUUUGAUCAAGGAUAGAAGUUCCUGUAUGAAGGGGAAUAGAGAUGGAGGUGAAUUGAGGGACGAAUAUCAUGUUAAAGAUAAACAUGAACAUGAACGUAACAGAGCAUAUCAUCCCAAUAAUGGCCCUUUGCCGCUACAGCUCGGAGGGGAAAAGAAUACUCACCAUAAUAACCUUUUUUUAGAUAAAUUUGGUAUUAGCAGUAAAAGGGGUAAAAACGAAUUGAAGUGUGAAUUGAAGAACGAGUUGAACGACAAUUUAAUGCUCGUUUUAAACUAUUCGAGUCUGCAAGUUCUGCGGAGCUUGAAUAUGCGGUAUGCUUACGUAAACAACAAAGAGUAUUUUAUGUCCCUCUCAUUGAUAUGCAACCAGCUAGCUGUGAACAAAUUUAACGAUAAAGAGUUUUGGCUCAUUCUGAGUAAUAAAUUAACCAAGGUGUUAAAAAUAAAAAAUAUAAAUAAAAUUUUCUGCAUAAGGUGGCUAUCCCUCAUUUUAAAUUCUUUUGCUAGAGUACAUAUCCUUAAUAAAGACUUUAUGAAAGAGGCUUCAGCUGUAAUCAUGCAGUGUAGAUCGAAGGAUGAAAUGCACAGUUUUGAUAUAUCCCAAAUAGUAAAUUCCUUUUCCAAGUUAAACUAUAUUGACUACAAUUUAUUUGAAUUUCUUGAAAAAUUUAUAUAUGAUAAAAUAGACGAGUUGAGCUAUCAGUCUAUUAGUAAUAUAUGUAAUGCUUAUUGUAAAUUAGGAAAGAAUAAUGAAAUAUUAUUUUCCCAUUUAAGUAAAAGGGUUCAGACGAAUUUAGACAAAUUUAAUGAACAAGAGCUAGCGAAUAUUCUGAAUUCUUAUUCUAAAUUGAAUGAAAAGUAUGUUAAUCUAUUCAACAAAUCGUUACAACAUGUACUAGACAGGUUUUAUAAAUUCAAACCGGUCGAAAUAGUUAUGAUAACUAAUGCAUAUUCUAAGUGUAAUAUAUAUUGUAAAUCCUUUUUUUCCUCUCUAUAUUGUUAUAUUAAAAAUUACUCAGCUCUUUUUCAACCAGGUGAACUAGCCAUAAUAGCCAACUCUUAUGCAACGUUCAAUAUGAGGGAAGUGCACACAUUUGAAUUUAUUAAAAAGAGAAUAAUAAAUAAAGAAUAUUUGUUGGAAGACCGAAAUGUAGCUAUGCUUUUACAUGCAUAUGGGAAAUUGUUAAUUCGAGAUGAAGAUUUCAUAUUAAAUUUAUUAAAAAAAAAAAAAGAUGUUAUUAAGUCACUAGAUAGCAGAAAUUUAACUCUCUUUUAUGUUUCACUUGUAAAGUUAAAUAUACAUAUUCCUCCUGAUAUAUAUAAAAGUUUUAAAAUUAUGAUUUCGAAAAAUUUAUACUCCUUUACUGAUUUGGCAUUAGUAUCCAUAUGCUAUGCAUCCAUGUUUUAUAUGUAUUUUGACAUGAAACUCAUAAGCUCCAUACUUUUAUUACUAAAUAAAAGACAAGCUAGUAGUAGAUCUUUUGCUCACCAAAUACAUGUAUCACUAUUUGUUCUACACACACUAUACGAUUUUUGCAAAUUUUCAUUCAAAUUUAUUGAAUGUUUAUACCACCUUUUAAUUAGAGCUUAUCAUUAUGUCACUCAACCCAAUUAUUAUGACAUUAACAAGUCAGGUAUUCAGAAAAGAAUUUACCCAUUCAUUCCAAAAAAAUUUAUCAAUGUCCACACAGAAGUGCCAGUGGGUCCCUUCGUUGUCGAUUUUCUGCUGCUACGUAGGAUCGAUACGCAGCAGUCUGUCCGCCAGUUGAGUGAAACUGGGAAGGCGAAGGUGACACCUUAG